AUGAGCAAAUCGAAGUUUGUGAAGUUUGAAAAUUCAGUUAAGCGAGCAUUAGGGGAUUGUAAGAAAUCAGCUGGUCUUGGAGCGAAGUUUCUACGGGAAAUUAGUAAGUCACAUUCAAGUUCUAGAGACUAUUGGCAAGGUCAAGGAAAUUGGAGGGUUUGUGCGUGCAAUACUUAAUAAACUACCAGGCAUGAGAGCAGAUUUAGUUUGGUUGGAUGAUAAUUGAUAAUAGUAGGGAUUUCCAGCAUUACUUGAAUCUCUCAGGAAGUGGUGUGAUACCCCCUUAAUUGUCAGUCACCUAGGAAGAAUCUUGCUCUUUACACCAAGGAUGGGAGUGCAAGAGGGGGCCAGAGCUACAUGUAUUGCAAUGGCAAAGAUCACACUGACUUGAAACUACAGAAAAAGAUCUUGAGUGACUAAAAGGUGUCUUUUAAUUGUACUGGUCAAAGACAUCGAGCACACGAAUGACUUAGCAAGCAUACCUGCCAACAUUGUGCAGGUAAACACCAUACCUCUAUUUGUGAUAGGCAACCUGGUAACAAUCAUAUGUUGCUGGUGACCAGUAAAGGGACUGUGGUUUAUCCAGCUGUGGUGGUAGUUGUUGAUGGUAUCAAAAUAAUGAAGAGCAUUACUAGAUACUGGGGCCGCAUCAGCAGCCUUGGUUGAUAAGCUAAACAAGCAACCUACACAUGUUGAAUGCGGGCGGAUUAAGAGGAUGGUCGUCUCAACAAUGCAAAGGUUGCAAAGCUACAAGGUUAAAAUCUCAAGCAUUGAUGGGAAAUUUGAAGAUGACGACACAGAUCAAUAAAGUGGACAAGGGUGUAUUGCUCACCAUUCCAAACCCAAAGUAUGAACAGUUGAUCAAUAGGUAUCAUCACCUGCAACAAUUAGUAACAGAUGAUAACGACAAGAACAGCGAGUUACUCAUUCAUGUGAUACUUGGAUCAAGUGAGUACUCAGGAAUAAAAACUGCCACGAAACCUCAAGUAGGGCAGCCAUCUGAACCAUCACAGAACUUACACAUUUGGGAUGGACAAUGAUGUCCCCAGGGAAGGAAGUCCCUUGCUCCAAUGUCUUUUUUUGUCUCCAAUUUUUUUUUCAAUCAGGUUGGGGUUCAGACUCUGCUACUGGUAACAUUGUAACCCAGUACUACCUGCCUCAUGGAUGGUCAGCAUGUGCACUGGCUCCCCCACCAGCUCUAUGCUGGUGA